AUGCCGGCCAUCGAUCCCGAGGCGCUGGCCGCGGCCGCCUCGUUCUGCCAGCAGAUGCGCGAGCACGAGCUCAUGUGCGCGCACGUCUGCGAGCGGCUGCAGCAGCUACAGCAACAGCAACAGCUACAGACACAGACCACCUCAGAGUCAGGGCCAGUGGUCAUUGCCAGCUUCGCCUCGUUCCUGCGCAAGCGCCGCGAGUCGAGCUUCGUCAAGCGCCUGGCCAACAGCCGCAAGGUGGAGGAGGCUCUGCGCGGCUUCCACGAGGCCCUCGACCAGCUACAGCAGCAGCAGGAGGAGGCUCGAGACAAUGUGCCUGCCACCGACUGGAGACGGCAGUGGACGAGCGACCGCCGCGCGGCGCUGCAAGAGUUCGCCGACCUGGUGGACAGCGCGCAGGUGCUGGAGGCCGAGAAGAGCAGCGCCGGCUUCGUAGAGGCGCUCUCCAUGCUGCAGUUCGAGCUGCAGCACAAGCGCGAUAGGUACGAGGCGGACGACGACGAGGUAGCGGCCGCGCACUUGCAGCUCAUGCAGCGCGCGCUCCGCCGCCUGGCAGCCACGGACCCGUCGGCAUCAUCAUCAUCAUCAGCAGCAGCAGCAGCAGCAGGAGCAGGCGUGGACGUCCCCGAGUGGUUCAUCCCGCGCGAUGACGUGGACUUCGACUCGGACGCGUCCUUCGACUGCGGCUCGUACGGCUCCGUGCACCGCGGCACGUGGGCCAAGGGCGCGACUGGCGGCGGCAGCGGCAGCGGCGCCAAGGUCGUGGUCAAGUGCCUGCUGGUGGACGACGCCGAGGCCAAGCGCUCGUUUUACAAGGAGGUGGACGUCUGGAGACGCCUGGACCACCCGCACGUGCUCAAGCUCUACGGCGCGUGCCACGUGAGCUCGCCCGCCUUCUUCGUGUGCGACGACGCCACGCACGGCAGCUUCAGCGACUUCCUGGAGCUGGACGCGGGGCGACCGCGGCGCUGGCAGCUCUUCUACGAGGCCGCGCUGGGGCUCGGCUACCUGCACGCGGAGAAGGUGGUGCACGGCGACCUCAAGUGCACCAACCUGCUCGUGGGCAGCGACUACAAGGCCAAGCUCUGCGACUUUGGCUUCUCGUACGUGCGCAGCCAGUCGGUGGGGCUCAGCGCCAAGUCGCAGACCGAGGCCAUCCGCUGGAAGGCGCCCGAGUGCCUGGCGCCGCCCAACGAGGAGACCAACCCGCAGUUCAACCCGCGCUUCGCCUCGGACGUCUACUCGCUCGGCAUGUGCAUCGUGGAGGCGGUCCAGGGCGAGGCGCCGUACGGACUCCUGGACGACGACGAGAUCAUGACGAGGCUGUUCGAGCUCGAGCCGUACCCGCGUCCAGCCGACAUGCAGGACGACGAGUGGGCGCUGGUGGAGCGCAUGGUGCAGCCGGACUGGAGUAAGCGCAUCUCGCUGCAGGACGCGAUUCACGGGCUCAAGGUGUUCGCAGACAGAGAGAAGGACGAGGGGGAGGAGGGGGAGGAGGAGAGGGCUCCUGGAGCAGCUACCGGUAGCACGCGCGUGUGCGCGUAUUGUGAGGCGAGGAUGCCCGUCGCGUUCGCCUUCUGCGGCGACUGCGGCACAGCUAUGACGAGGCAGGAGUCGAGUGCAGCGCAACACCAGAAGAACGCGUGUCCGAGCUGCGAGGAGAACGUGCACUCGACAGACCGCUUUUGCCGCCACUGCGGCUAUCGUCUGGACGCAGAUCCAGCAUUCGCAUGA